UCGUCGCGCACUGAGCGGCAUCACCACCGACGCUCCCCAAGAAUCUCUGCAUUGUCAAGACCGGCCGACAGCAGCGUGUGAUCAGUGCAAAGACACUGCCAUCUGGGCUCGCGAUCCGAUAUCUGCAAGCGAUCAUCGCAAGAUAAGAUCACUGUCGACUCACUGCCAGCGAUCGACAGCGUGGUAAAUGGUGCCGUAGCAGACGACAGCAUGGUCACCAACGUGCCUUCUGGUCUGCCAAGUGAGUCGACUCCGGCCCAGACUGCAGAAAGCGUGACCGAGGCGCCGUCUGCUGCUCAGACUGCCGACUUGGCUGCUAUCAACCCGUCAGAGCCAGCCCUACCCCCGCCUGGCAAUGUUGAACAGGCUGCCGCCUCUAAAGAUGAGCUGCAAAAGGCUAUUGAUGAGCAAGGCACGGGCGCUCUACCCAGUUUUGCAUCAGCUCCUGCGCCUGUCGAGCCAGUCAUGUCUGUAAGCACUACAGAGGAGCAGCUAGCUGCGCCCGAGACGGCUGCUUCAGGAAUCGCCGGCUCAGCUGAAGGGAAGGAGACCGUUUCCGCCACAACAUCAGAGCUGCUAGGCCAGAUACAUACCGAGCCUGUAGCCGCCGUCAAUUCGAUCGACGAUGUUGCGCCCUCUACGUUCGCCGCAGAUCUCGUCAAAAGCGAGCCGGCACGAGCUGAGCCACAAAGUACUACGAGCUCCUCACCUGUUGCUGGAGGCUCAAAGCCCAACGUUGCGACCAAGCUGACCAAAGGCAAAGCAUCGGGCCCUGGAAGGAAGAAGGGUGCAGCAAAGGUCAAGGAGUUCGCCAAGCUCGACGAUCUCGUAACUGUCAAAAUAAAAGGCUACCCCGCCUGGCCGGGCAAGCUGCAGGUCGUGCAUCCGGACACAGCGAGCACGAGUGCACUUGCGGAGAAACCAAAAGGCGAUAAGCAUCUUCUCGUCAGAUUUUUCCCCACAGCCGAAUUUGCCUGGACGAAGCCACAAGAUGCUGCUAUAUUGACUCUGAACGCGAUCGAAAAGUACAUUGAAAGAAACGCCGGCAAGAAGGGAUCGCUUCUGGAAGGCUACAAGAUUGCACUGGACCCCACAGAAUGGGAAGAGAAGCAGGUUCAGCUUGCCGCCGCUCACCAAGCUUACCUCGACAGCUACCCACAAGCAGAGCAGUCAGAUGAGGAGGAGGAAGUUGAGGUAGAGGUCGAAGUGACGGACGAUGGGGAGGAUGAGGAUCUGAUGGACGAGGAUGAAGUGGAAGGCCACGAAAAGACAAAGAAGAAAAAGACCAUUCUGGUCACGCAAAAGAGAAAGAGACCGGAACCGUCCGGCAACAAGAUCAAGCUCUCACUUGGCAAGAAAUCCGAGCCGCCUGCCAAGAAGCAGAAGUUGUCCACCUCUUCCGAGCAAAGCAAAGAGAGCAAGAAGGAGAAGCUCAGCGAUCUUGCUGCCACUCCGCUCGGUGGUUCCAGCAAAAAGGGCAAAUCUGCUCAGAACGGACAUGCAACAAGCGCAAACGAGACGGAGGACGAAGCGUCUGCGCGACAAGUCUAUGGCUGGCGAGUCAAGCUUCAGCGUGGCUUCCUCGGCCAAACGCCAUUGCCCGCCUCUGAAACUGGCUCAAUGGCCGAGCUUUACACAACUAUCGAAAACUUCCAGAUGCGCGCAGAUUGGCUGGGCCCUUCGAAGCUGGUAAAAGUCCUCAAGACCAUCUGCAAGCCAGACACGAUCGUUACCGAUGACGAUAAGUAUCAGUUCCGCGCCCGUUCGGCGGCCUUAGUCCAGAAGUGGACGCGAGAGCUUCAACUCUCAUCAGCUCAGCCAAACUGCGCAUAAUCAUCACAAGCGAGAAGACGCGUAUGGCUAUGAACAGUAGGACCGAGCUGGCUCGAUGUAGCCUUUCAUGCUUGUACA